AUGUAUAGAGAAUACACUCCAUCAUAUUUGAAUCUUGAAGCAUAUUUGAUAUUAUUAGAUUAUGGAUAUGAUCCCAUAAACAUUAACGAUCUUUACGUAUUUGGUAUUGAUGAUUUAAUCUUAUAUUUCUUUAAGAAAUUCGAACAAAUUGCAAUCAAUGAAUUUAAUAUUUUGAAAGCAAUUGAACGUCAUUUCACGAAAACCAUUUUAUAUGCCAUCGAACGUGGUGCCGAUGUAACAAAAACUAAUAACUUUAAAUCAGGAACUCUACAUUUCGCUGCAAAAUAUAACAUAAAAGAAAUAGUGAAACCUUUGAUAUCACGUGGAGUAGACAUCAACGCAGAAGACAAAUAUGGAAGAACUCCUCUUUAUUAUGCAAGAGAGUACAACCCAGAAAUAGCAGAACUCCUCAUUUCAAACGGCACUGGUCAAUAA